CCAGACCAGACCAUCAAACCCGAGCAUGUCUCCUGCAGAACAAAAGCCUCUUCCUGCACGUUAUUGUUCGCUGCGACUAUGACUUCUGCCACAAACCGCAAAAUGUGAUCAAUAGUUUUCAUUUUAGGUCAUUAGUUACUUUUCUAUUACCAAGGCGGAGACAGUUGGCUCCAAUAUGAGUGCGUCUGCGGGGACCGGGGUUUUUGUGUUUUCCCUUACGUCCAUCCCAAUUUGCUACUUAUGUAAUUCACUCAUUUGCAACGACAGUGCUGAGGCGCUGUUCUACGCUGGGUGUGCCACUUUUGUAACUUUAUGCAUCUCAGGACAGUUUAUCCUCAACAAGAAGGCGCCAUCAGAUCCUCUCUUUUAUGUGUAUGCCGUUUUUGCAUUUCUGAGCGUCGUCAAUCUUAUUAUUGGUUUGGAGCAAGACAACAUAAUUGAUGGAUUUGUGACUUUUUAUCUCAAAGAGGCAGAUCCGCACAUUAACACAGCCCACGGUCACAUGAUUUCCUAUUGGGACGGUUGUGUACACUAUCUCAUGUAUCUACUAGUGAUCGCCGCUAUAACAUGGGGGGACAGUUACCGAUCCAUCGGCCUGUACUGGGUGGGAUCCUUUCUCAUGCGUGCCAUAGUCUACAUUCUCGGGAACACUGUUGGUAAAUAUGGGCUUUACGUGGGCCCUCUCUCUCUGCUCUAUGGGGGGUACAUCUUUAUCGCAGUUUGGGCUUGUUUCCGCAUCUUCAGCCAGCCGUCCACCCAACAGACACUAACCACUGAGACUCAAAGGAAACGUUUGUCCCAGCGACCAACGGACAUGUUAUUUGUGAUCUACCUCAUUCCUGCGUUUGCCUUCUGUGUUUUUAGAGGACUGAUUGCCUUGGAUUGCUCUGGUCAGUGGUGUCAGGACUACGCUCUGCAGUUUGAACCGUACCUCAAAGAUCCCACAGCUUAUCCAAAAGUGCAGAUGCUGGUGAGCCUGUUAUAUUCUGGUCCGUACUAUUUUCUGGCUCUUUACGCCCUGAUCGUUCCAGGAUGUGGGUGGAUGCCUGAUCUGACUCUUGUUCAUUCGGGAGCAUUGGCACAGGCCCAGUUUUCUCACAUUGGAGCGUCUCUCCACACUCGGACCCCCUUCUCUUUUCGAGUCCCUCUGAGCAGCCAGCCUCUGUUCCUUUUGGUGAAUGUGAUCUACGCUCUGGUCCCUCAGCUCCUCUGCUACCGCUGCUCCACCCAGCCCGAAUUUUUCCUGUCAACAAGAACCACAUCUGACAAAAAGACCGAGUAAAAGUCUUUAACGUUAUCAGACAGUUGGUCGGACUCAAGAAGUGUAAUUUUCCAAAUGUAAAGUUAUAUGGUGUUCAGUCUUGUUUUAAUAUGGUUGAUUCUAUGUGAAGACGCAACAUUUUUAAUUUUCAUUUUCUUUGACCAUUUCUGAAUUUAUUUAAUUUUAUGUUUGUGUUUGUGGAUUACAUUCUUGUUUUUCUUUGUAGACUCAUAAAAUGUGAUUGUUUUGUAUUGCUUCUAUUCUUUUGAAAAUGGUUUGUUUGUUCUAAAGGCGUUUGAAUACUAUUUAUAGUUAGUUUUACCAAAUCUAAAGACUGUGAUAAGCCAACGAUAAGCUAAGCAAAAAGCGCUGGUUAGACAUAUGCUAUCAACAUAAAAGGAUAAAUAAUAAAACAUUACAUAAAUGAGUGACCUUAGAUACUUCUCAAUCAACCCAUUGCUUGUAAAUUAAAUUGACAAGUUUAUGCUUGC